AACCAAAGCUAACCACUUCAGUGGUCAAUGAACAAUGCCCAGACAUGACUGAGUCAAAAACUGUAGUAAAAUAUGAUGAAACUGAAACUCAAAGUCAAAGUGGUGAAGCUAUUUUAACAGCGCAGGAGGACAAAGGACAAGGUGUUUUACUGGAGCUAAAACAGAUUCCAUUAACAAAACACGAAUCAAAAAAUUCUAAAGACUUUGAUGGAACUAAAGCAGCUCCAGCUACAGAAGUACUCACAACAACGACACAAAACGACAAUACAGACAGUCAAGCUGCUGUAGAACAACACAGUGAAAUAGGCGAAGAAAGUGACAUUCAGGUGCAGGAAGAUCAGAAUCAACAAGAAAAGAAAGUGGCCACAAUUGUUCUUGACACAAGUGAAGGAUUUAUGGAUGAAGCAAAUUCUCUUCCCCAUCAGGUGGAAACUUGUGCUAUAAGCUCUCCUACUAAAGAGCUCAAGGAAGACAUAAACUCCAUUCCGGUAACGUCAUAUAAGGAAUCUGAGCAUAGACCCCAAGAGUCUCCACAACAAACUAUUACUCAGUCUUCAGAAAGAGACUUGGAUACUCCUUCCAAAGUGCAGCUUUCUUCUUCCUCUGACUCUACAGAUGCACCAAACUUAGCUGAUUACAUUGAAAAGUUAUGGGAAAACACAGAUGGAAUCGAGAGGAGAUUUUUGAUUCUUGAUGUGCCUGGCACAGCGAUCAGUCAGACAUGUGAGAUAGAGCUAAAUCAACCUGACAAAGGGUCUGAUGACAAAAAUGUUUCCAUUAGAAGUAGCUCUGCUGCUUGUACGUAUUCUUUGUCUCAAGAAGGAAGGACAGAGCUGACAGAAAUAAAAUCAUCUGAGGAUGAAAAUGUCAAACUGAGAGGAACUGUGAGUGAGGAAAAAGAGUCUGAGCAGGAAACACCACAGGAAAGAUCUAAAGGGCUAACUGAAAGUGGUGUACAAGUGAUGCUGGAAGAAGGGUCUGCUCAAAAGGAACCUGUAUGUAUUUUACACCUGGAAAUCGCUACCAGUCCUGCCGUUACCGAUGGCACAUGUGUCACAGGACACGAGCCAAGUAAGGAGCCUGCUGAAGCUAAUAUUCAAGAAGGUAUUGGUGAACAAAUUUCAGAUGAAACUAAGCCUUCUGCUUCAGAAGCAGUGUUGGACCACAAGACAGAAUAUAUAGAAAUAAGCCUUUAUGAGCAUGAACAAAUCGGUCAGAUUGAAACCAAAACGGCAAACAAGUACACCAUUCCAGAGGAACAUCCGGCUCUUCUGACACCUACGGAUAAUGCAAAAUCUGUUACCUUGGACGAAUCUCAAAUUCUGACUGAAGUUUGUGUUUUAAAACUAGAUAUACAGAGCGGUCCAGAAGAUCGUGAAAUCACCUCAACCCAAGAAGAAAAAGAGACACCCAAAGAUUUUGCUCAAAAACAAAAUCAGUCUGAACAAAUUGUAGUUAUAUUCCCAGAGAAAGCUGCAGCUGAGAUGAAUGAAAUGCAAACGCAAGAAAGUCGUACCCACAGUUUCGGUAACGUUGCUGAAGGUGACUCUGUUCAGCUCAGUUCUCUUAUUUAUGAGUCAAUACAACCACACGAGACAAAAGUCAUUGAAAUAAGCUUAAACGAUAAAGACGUAAGUCCAAGAAAAAGUGAGACAACACUAGAACCUCUGACAGCAGAACAAGAAAGGCCGUUGCUGGGCAUAGCACAUACGGUCAUAAAAGACCACUCUGAGAUGUCAACAGAAGGAUUAGCUGAUUUGUAUAAGAGCCUUGGAGAAAAGCCAGAACUGGGGGAGAAACCUCAGAUGGAGCCUGAAGAACAAACAGCAACACAACCCAGUGCUGAGGAGCAUGAAAACAUGUUUGUAGAGGAGCCAGGAAUAUUUACAAGAGAGGAACCACAACAAACCGAGUCCAUGGGGAUUGUGAAUGAAUCUGAGAGCAUCUCCUAUCAACAUACACCGUUACCAUCAUGUGAUACAGACACAGUGCUUGAAAACAGAAGUGCCACUGAGCAAGGUCCUUUCAAACCACAAGUACUGAUUCAGCAAGAUAUGCCAGAAACCAUUCAGGAAAGGCCUUCAGAGUUCCUCCUAAAUCAGAAAGAGAUACUUCCAGAUACUUUGGUGGAGCAGACCACUUCAUUAGUUACUACAGGAGAAAUGCCAAAGACUGACCAGAAUGAAACAAGUGUUCAGGACCAGAAUGUGAUAGAAAAGAAAGAUCUGAUUCCUUUGGAAAUUUACCCUGAAGACAUUACAAUGAGAGAAAUAAAUGUAAAACAACAGAAUAAGGAAGAAUCUGUUGAAGCAGAGCAUUCUGAAAAAGGUAAUAAGGAAGAGAGGCAAACUGACCCUCAGCUAGAUUGCUAUAGAGAUGCAUUAGCUGAAGUAGAUAAGGGUCCCAGUGUUACAGAACAGCCAUCCAAACCAGUAAUACCUGGCACUGAUGUUGCAUCGGAGACCUUUUAUGAGAGGCUUGUCGAAAAUACGGAAUUUCCUGUGAACCCAUUUGAGGUCCAAUCUGUAGACAAUGGAAAGCAGCCAGAGAUCGAAACAAGUGCGAAGUCUGACUCAGUAAAGGAAAGACAAGAUGCAACAGUAGCAACAGUUCAGCUUGAUGAAUCAGCAUCUGGAAAAAUCCAAGAAGCUGUUCUAGAAACCUUUACCCCAUUCCUGUCUGAACCAAGCUGGGUCCAUACAGUCCAAACAGAUGAACAUCCACAAGAUGGCAAAGAAAAGAUUGAUGGAGAAGUGAGAGAGGCUGAAGAAAGAACAGUCAGUGCACAGCUCCAAAUCCAAACUACUGCUGAUGAAGUAGUGAAGCAUCAGGAUGUGAACUUGUCAAAGGUGCUUUCAAGUGCUGAAGAGACUCUGACAGGAUCACCGCAGGUGGUUGAGGAAUCAUCAUCAUCUGAUGUUCCCCCAGAGGAAGUAACCCAUUCCCAACAGCUUUCAGCUCAGGAACAUGAAACACAGCAUGCAGAGAAUCCCGAUCUGAAGGAAUCAGAAAGAACCGCUGUAGAUAGCAUCUUCACAGAGAUACAGCAACACUCAGGGACAGGAACCAUCAGUCAACUCAUAGAGGCUGAACUGCAGAAGAAUGUUCCAGAGGAUCCGAUCACACCCACCAUGGAUUUGAAUCUUCAGCUAAGCAGACUAGCUUCGAACGUCCUCUGCAUCAAGAACAGUCCCACUGAGCUGAACCCGAAAGCUAUGGCCCAGCAGGUGGAGGAGGUCCAGCAACGGUCAGAGCUUCAGCUAUCACUGCUCCAACAGCUGAGAGAAGCCAAUGCUCAGAAGAAAGAUGUUCUAGAAGACCUGGAGAACCAGUGGGGCAUUUUGGCAAAAGACACAGCUGCUGUUAUCCAGAUUAAAGAGGCCCAGUUGCAGCUUGUGGCUGAUUACUGCAGGCACAGGGAAACUGCAAAAAAGAGGAUGGAUCAACUCAAUGCAGAACUAGAAGCCAUGAAAAUGUCCCCACAGGAGAGCAGUUAUAAGGAGGCAGAGCGACUCCGUUGCUUCCACAGAAGUAUGGAGGAGAACCGAGAGAUAAUUGGGGAGCUGCUUAUAACGCAUGCAAAGAUUUGUCUCCACCUCAGCCGAUCGGACCAGGAAACUGCACAGAUUGAGCAAAAGAACCUGCUAGAAAAUUGGAGGUCUCUGGAAAGCACUGUUGAGAGCAGCCUUCAUCACGCAAAUGUCCACUCUCAACACAUCAGCACUGUUCUGUCGGAUCUGUCUAGUCUGCAGGAACGCAUGCAUCCAAUCUCACAAGACCUUGAAGUCAAGAGUUCUUUAGCUACUCAGUGGAGUUGCAAGGAGGCUCAACACCUGAUGGAGGCAAAUGCUGAGAUUAAAGCGGUCAAGCAGCAAUACUUCCAUUUACAGCAACUGUCAAAAGAGUUACUUCACAGCUCACAAUGGCAGAGCGAAUCAGAGGAGAUAAGCAACAGGCUCCAGGAGAUGAAAAACAAGAUUUGCUUCACUGAGGAACUGUUGUUGUCUCAAACAAAAAACAGCAGCAACCCCAUCAUGGCCAAAAUUAUUGCAGUGAUGAGAGAUGGCCUUGCAUGGGCCAAGCAAACAGAGAGUGACAUUGAGGGCAGGAGGAAGUGGGUACCUCUUCUUCCCGAAGAGGUUCACAGGCAGCUCAAAGAUCUUAAGAAGCUUCAGUCUGAAGUGAUGGCCAAACAGGGUCAACUGGAGUCACUGGUGGAGGAGGUGACAGAGCUGCUUCCACAGCUGGACCAGGCUCAGGAGGUGCCCAUUGUACACACUUCACUUGAACGUCUUGAAGAACUCUCAAAUUCCACCACUGACAAGCUGUCCAAAGCUAUAAAAGAGGUAGAGUCUGGACUCCAGAUCAGAGAAAAGCUAUCUGAGCAGAUGGCUGACCUAGACUCCUGGGUUGUGGGUUACCUACAGUCAGAGGUCUCAAGGAGUACAAACAGUGACCCUAUGAGCCACGGUGACUUGGAUCUGGGAGUUUGCCAGGCCCAAGAACGCCUGGCUGAGGCUGAACGACAGGCAGCAAUCUGCGAGGCUCUUUUAAUGAAGAGUAAAGACAUUGCUGUGGAACUCAGUGCAACGGAGAACUGUCAGCUUUAUGAUAAGAUCAGAAAGCUCCAGGAAGACAUCAGAACCAUAAUCAGCCAUGAGAAGGCCCAAAAAGAGGAGCUGGAUCAACUCAUCAAGACUGUAGAAUCAAGAAGGAAUGCCUUAGCAAGUGUUGAAAAAAGCCUGAGGCAAAUGUCAGUUGAUGUGAACAGACUGAAGUUUCCGAUCACAAAGGAGUCCCUGCAAGUCUUAAAACCUUUAAAACUCCUCCUUUUGGAUCACAAGGUUCAGGUUGACCUUCUGAUACCAUGGACUCCUCAACAAAAGUUGAAGGAAAUGAAUGAUGCAAUUUCUGAACUUCAUAACAAAAUUGCAUCAAUUGAAAUGAAAUCCAGGGACCAGGAGAAUUACCUGAGCAUGAAACAGUGUUUGGAGACAGUGGAGGAGAAUUUUCAGCAGCAGGUUUGCUUGACCGGAGAUGAUAGCAUGGACCCGGUAGGGAAGUACAAACUGUGCCACACCCUCCUCCUCCAGUUUUCUCAGAUGAAAGGAUUAUGUAGACAGGCUCGCUCGAAUCUUGAGUUGAUUGCUGCGGACCUGGAUCCCUCACAGCUCACAGUUGAGCAACAGAGGCUUAAACAAAGUGAGGACAUCCUUGACACUUGGGAAAACACUCUCUGCAACAAUCUCGGUCUUGUUGAACUGAACGUGCUCAAGGAUCUGGACCUUGAAUCAGUGAGAAGCUCCACUGAUGACUUUCUCUCAAGGACCCUAAGAGAGUGUCGGAACCCAACCUUGUUGGAGCCCAACCAAGUGAUGAUCGACAGGGAAUACUGGAGAAUUGCGUCUUUAAAGAAGGCAGCAGAAUUACAGAUUAGAUCGCUACAGGUGUUGGAGCAAAAUAAAGGAAGCAAACAAAGAAGACGACUCGAUGAGCUGACGAACUUGAAAAAUGCCGUCCUGAGUGAAUGCGACUCAAAAAUGGAGGAUCUCUUGAAAGCAAGAGAGCGCUUGAGAAGUUAUACCCUCGCUGUCAAUAUAGCUGUCCAGUUUCUGCAGGACAUCGAGGGCUCUCUGCUGCCUCUCCAGGGUUCUAUUGGACCAUGUUGUGAAAGACUAGAGGAGACCGAGCAUGCUUUGGCUUCUCUUCAGCAUCAGUUCCAAACCUACAUUGAGAAGCUUCAAGACCAGUCUGUUGCACAUACUUACUUGUCUUCACAGAAGGUGGAACAGGUCCAGGAAAUGAUUCUGAGCCAGCUCCUAGUUAGGAUGUCAACACUUCUGGCAAAAGGACACAUACGGCUGGAAAAUCUUCACAGGUGUGCAGAGCAGUACAGUCGCUACCAAGAGUCUCAAGAUGAAAUCCUCAAGAGUGUGGCUCGUUCCUCAGACAGUCUUCUGCAGCAGAUAUCUCAGAAAGUAACUUGCCUCACUGACUGCACUGACCAACAGGAAAGGCUCUCAGCACUGUCUGAGGAGAUGGAAUCCAUCCUGAAGCGUCUGGAGAACAUGAGGGAGUGGUGCUCAGAAAUUAGUUGUCGUGGAGGUCGUGAGGUAACCGUGGCCACCAUCUGGAGACGGGUGUCAAGAUUACGUAACUGCAUGCAGAAGCUGACAGCUCAUUGUAAACAGAGAAUCACAGAUUGGCGUGACGUCACAAGCAGUUUGGAGAAAGCCUCAGCUGUGUUGGAGACGGUGGAGGCAGAGCUUCCUAAGGCCUCUGCGACAGCCGUAUCCACUGAGGAGCUUCAGGAGCUGCUGCAGUCUUGGGAACAGUACCAAGAAAGGCUAGAUUGUGAACAUCGAGCCCUGUCUGCGUUGGAACUGCGGACAGCCAGGCUGCUGGGGGUCCCCGCCCACCUGGAGCAGGCUCCACCCUUUCCUCUUUGUCAGCGCCUACAGUUGAUGCAGGGCCGAUACAGUGGUGUGGGGCAGAAGAGCAAGGAAGGCUUAGUUAGUGCCAAACUGGAGCUGGAGGAGAGAGAAAAGGUCCGAGAGGAGCUGCAGGUGAUCCAUGUUUGGCUCAAGGCUGCGGAGAGUCUGUUGUCAAAGAUGGAGCAGUCCAGCAGCACACAGGAGCUACAGGAGUUGUACAUCGAACUGCGUGCCCACAAGGUUGUAUUGGAUCACAUCACAGAGACCCUUAGAAAAAAAUAUGUUGUGGUCCCUGUUGAGAUUAACAGCCAACUGCAGGAAGUCACAAAAUCUCUGAGCUACGUGGACACAAAGGUGGCAGAGGCAGUGGAGAGGAGUGGUCCUGUCCAGAGGCUGGGGACAAAGUUGUCUGAUGUCCAAGUUGGCCUGAGAUCAGUUCAGAACAGAAUGAAGGAGAGGAGCCCCACUGUGAUUGAAGCAAAGAUCACACAGAAGCGUGUAUGGGAUGAGCUGGAUGUUUGGCACUCCCGACUGGCAGCUCUAGAAGUGGAGAUGCAGGACUUGGAGAAGCCAGACGAGGCGCUGGUCCUCACAGAGAAACUGGUGGAGGUCCAGCAGCUUCACUCCCAGGUGGCUAAACAAGCAGAACAGAGGACAACUCUACUUAGCAAGAUACACACGUGGCUUCAAGAGCACCAAGAGAUGAUCAAGAGCUCCAAGAGCUGGAUGACUGAGGCUCAGUCCUGGCUUGCUGCUCCCUGCACGUACACCACAGCUAAAUGUUUGAGCAGCCACGUUCAUGCUCUGCAGAUUGUGUUAGGUGAUGCAUCCCAGAUCCGAUCGACGCUGCAGGGCUUCAGCUCAAUCCUGAGGGAAAUGUCGCAGGUCUGUGAUGUCACCGCUCUCCAGGACCAGCUGCUCGAAGCAGAUCGGCGAGUGGCGGAGGUUCAAGAGAGCUUCACAGCUCCUCUCUCUCAGCUAGAGCACGCUGCUGCUGAGGUGGAAGCCAUAGAGAAUGAAGUACGCCGAAUGGAGACUGACGUUGCUGAGAUCAAGACCCUGCUCUCUUCCCCGGAGACUUUUCCCAGCCCCAGAGAGGACAACCUCAAAAUGAUUGAGCAGAGGAUCCAGUCAAUGAGAAGAACAGUAGCUGAGAUCCAGAAGUGCAAACCGGGCCUAUGUCUCCCUGAGACGGCUGAGGAGACACUGACUGUUUUUAAAGUGGUGGAACAGUUUCAAACUCUGCUGCAGGACCUGGAGAAGAAGGUGCCUGCCCUGUUCAUUCAGCGGCCAUCUACUCCGAGUCCAGCCAAAAUGACACCCGAACACCAAGAGUCCACAUCCGAGAAUGACGAGCAGGGCCAAAUUACACUUGUUCAUUUUGAGGAGGACGUGCUGAAGAGGUCUGGAGGCACUUUGCAGACGGUGACGCAGUCCUCCCCUGAACAGAGACUGUCCAGGAAGCCAGACGUCGUCCCGGGAUCAGAGGGGCCUUUGCCGCCUGGGCCCCCGGCAGGGCCACGCCCCCAUGAAGGUAGCCUACACGCUUGUCUGGAGAGGGCCGGCCACCUGGAGGCGUGGCUCCUGGAGGCCCAGAGGAGUCUGGUAGCUGCUGGAGCUGCCUGCUCCUCAGCCAUGCAGAACAGUGUGGAGCAGCAACUCCUCACCUGUCAGGAUAUGUUUCUGGAGCUUGAGGGAAAGGUUGCAGACUUGUCAUCACUCGCUCUGACAGUAGAACAACAGCAGCCGAAUGAACUGGGAGCUGUGGGUUCCCAGCAGGAGGUGGUUGAAUGUCUGGCCUCCAAACUGGAGCUUCUGAAGGCCAACUUGGUCUCCUUCCAACAACUGCUGCAGGACACACAUGGAGAAGACAGUGGGACCAGUAACAAACAGACACCAGAGCAGAAGUCAGUUCCUCAGACAGAUCACCACCUUGGCUCUAAGUUGAAGCGCAGCAGCAGCGUUCAGGAGAUCUUUUCCUCACCUCAAAACAAACUCCUGAGACAGAGCAGCCUGCAGCAGCAAAAGGAGUUGGAACAGGAGCUGACUGAGCAGAGGGGAUUGACUCAAGCCAUUUCCAGGCAGGGUAGCAGGGUUCAACUUUACAGUGAGGAACCAGAGGAUCACUGCCAGUUAAGGUGA